ACUUGCCAGGAGACCAUGGAAAAUACUGCAUCCUGGGAUUUCCCUCUGCCCUUCUGUCGUGCUGAUGAUGCCUGUGGUGGGACACUUCGGGGGCAAAGUGGAAUAAUUUCAACCCCCCAUUAUCCUUUGGAGUACAACAACAACGCUGACUGCACAUGGACGAUUCUAGCAGAGCCGGGAGACACUAUAGCUCUGGUUUUCUUGGAUUUCCAAUUGGAGGACGAAUAUGACUUUUUAGAGGUCACUGGAACGGAGGGAUCCUCUUUAUGGUUUACAGGAACAAACCUUCCUGCUCCUGUAAUCAGCAGCAAAAACUGGCUUCGUCUUCACUUUAUGUCGGAUGGGAACCACAGACAGAAGGGUUUCAACGCACAAUAUCAGGUCAAAAAGCAAAUGGAGAUUAAAUCCCGGGGAGUGAAAUUGAUGCCAAGUAAAGACAUGAACCAGAAGACAUCUGUGUUAACACAGGUUGGUGCAUCCCAGGGACAUAACAUGUGUCCGGACCCUGGGAUUCCAGAUCGGGGCAAAAGAAUAGGCAAUGAUUUCAGGUUAGGAUCCAGUGUCCAAUUCACCUGCAGUGAAGGUUAUGACUUGCAAGGCUCCAAAAGCAUCACCUGUAAGAAGCUGAGUGGUAUGAUAGCUGCCUGGAGUGACCAGAGACCAGUGUGUCGAGCUAGAAUGUGUGAUACAUACCUCCGAGGGCCCAGUGGUGUUAUCACAUCUCCUAACUAUCCUGUCCAGUACGAUAACAAUGCAUAUUGUGUGUGGGUGAUCACUGCACUCAAUCCAGCCAAGGUAAUCAAACUCAAUUUUGAAGAAUUUGACUUGGAGAGAGGAUAUGAUACACUAACUGUGGGAGAUGGAGGCCAGGUUGGAGACCAGAAAAGUGUGCUUUAUGUUUUAACAGGUACAACUGUCCCUGAUUUGAUUGUCAGCACUCAACAUCAGAUGUGGCUCCUCUUCCAGACUGAUAGUGUGAGGAACCUACUAGGGUUCAAAGCAACCUAUGAAGAAAUUGACCAGGGAAGCUGUGGAGAUCCCGGAUUGCUCGCGUAUGGCAAGAGAGAAGGGUCAACAUUUCGCCAUGGAGACUCAUUGACAUUUGAAUGCCAGCCUGCAUUUGAACUGAAGGGGAAGAAAACAAUCACUUGUCAAAAAAGUAGCCAGUGGUCUUCUCAGAAACCAGUCUGUAUUUUUUCCUGCUUCUUCAAUUUCACCAGUCCAUCUGGGAUUGUGCUCUCCCCGAAUUACCCUGAGGAAUAUGGCAGCAGCUUGCACUGCGUCUGGCUAAUCAUUGCAAAUCCUGAAAGUCGGAUCCAUUUGGCUUUCAAUGAUUUUGAUGUGGAGCCUCAGUUUGACUUCUUGGCGGUGAAGGAUGGUGGAACAGCUGAAUCACCCACCCUUGGGACAUUCUCUGGAAGCCAACUCCCAUCUUCUCUGACCAGUAGUGGCCAUGUUGCCAGGUUGGAAUUCCAGACAGAUCACUCCACUGAGAAGCGUGGCUUCAACAUCACGUUUACCACCUUCAGACAUAAUGAGUGUCCCGACCCAGGAGUGCCCGUCAAUGGAAAACGCUUUGGUGAUAGCCUCCAACUUGGAAGCUCAGUCUCUUUCCUGUGUGAUGAAGGCUUUAUAAGGACCCAUGGCUCAGAAACAGUCACCUGUGUCUUGAAAGAAGGCAAUGUGGUUUGGGAUAAUGCAGUCCUGAGAUGUGAAGCUCCCUGUGGUGGCCAUCUGACCUCACCAAAUGGAAUGAUCCUGUCUCCAGGGUGGCCGGGGUUCUACAAGGACUCUCUUAAUUGUGGAUGGGUCAUUGAAGCUCAACCAGGGUACCCAAUCAAAAUCACAUUUGACAGGUUUAAAACGGAGGUGAAUUAUGAUACGUUGGAAGUGCGUGAUGGCAAAUCCUACUCGUCCCCCUUGAUUGGAGUUUAUGAUGGGACCCAAGUCCCCCAGUUUCUCAUCAGCACCAGCAAUUUCCUCUACCUGCUCUUCACCACGGACAAAAGUCAUUCGGACGUUGGCUUUCAGAUCCACUAUGAAACGGUAAAGCUCCAGUCCGAUCACUGCUUGGAUCCAGGAAUUCCAGUCAAUGGACUACGAUAUGGGAAUGAUUUCUAUGUGGGGGCACUGGUGACUUUUGGCUGUGAUCCAGGGUAUACUCUGAGUGAUAGUGAAUCUCUGGAGUGUGAGCCAAAUUUUCAGUGGAGCAGGCCACUUCCAAGCUGUGAAGCUCUCUGUGGAGGCUAUAUUCAAGGAUCUAGUGGCACUGUAUUAUCACCAGGCUUUCCAGAUUUCUACCCCAAUAAUUUAAAUUGCACUUGGAUUAUAGAAGCUUCUCAUGGCAAAGGUGUUUUCUUCACUUUCCACACUUUCCACUUGGAGAGCGGUCAUGACUACUUGUUGAUCACUGAAAAUGGCAGCUUCAGUCAGCCACUGAAACAGCUCACUGGUUCCCACCUGCCUGCUCCUUUUAGCGCUGGUCUCUUUGGGAACUUCUCUGCUCAGAUCCGCUUCAUUUCGGACUUCUCCAUUUCUUAUGAAGGCUUCAAUAUCACUUUUUCAGAAUAUGACCUAGAACCUUGUGAGGAGCCUGAAGUGCCGAUCUACAGCAUUCGCAAAGGUCUUCAGUUUGGUGUGGGGGACAUCUUGACUUUCUCCUGCUUCCCUGGGUACCGACUAGAAGGCGUCUCCAGCAUUACUUGUCUGGGCGGUAGACGGCGUGUGUGGAGUUCGCCACUGCCAAGGUGUGUUGCGGAAUGUGGCUCCUCUGUGACUGGAACUCAAGGUGUUCUCUUAUCUCCAAAUUAUCCCCUAAACUACAACAACCACCAUGAAUGUAUCUAUUCCAUCCAGACGCAGCCAGGAAAAGGAAUUCAACUUAAAGCCAGGGCAUUCAGCUUGGAAACUGGAGAUGUCCUCAAGAUUUAUGAUGGCAGCAAUAACUCAGCUCGCCUGCUGGGCUCCUUCAGCCGUGCAGAGAUGUUGGGUCUCAAUGUCAACAGCACUUCCAGCUCAAUGUGGCUUGAAUUCAUCACAGAUGGAAACGGCACAAAUCAAGGUUUUGAGUUGCAGUUUUCUAGUUUUGAUUUAAUCAAAUGUGAGAACCCUGGCAUCCCACAAUUUGGCUACAAAGUCCACGAUGAAGGACAUUUUGCAGGGAGUUCUGUCUCUUUCAGUUGUGAUCAUGGCUACACAUUACGCGGAAGCCGUGUGCUUACUUGCUUGACUGGAGAGCGAAGAUCCUGGGACCAACCUCUCCCCACCUGCGUAGCUGAGUGUGGGGGCAGCAUGCGAGGUGAGUCUUCAGGAAGGAUCCUAUCUCCAGGGUUUCCAACACCCUAUGAUCACAAUCUCAACUGUGUCUGGACAAUUGAAGCAGAAGCUGGUUGCACAAUAGGGCUCCAUUUCAUAGUUUUCCAUACAGAGGACUUUCAUGAUGUUUUGAGAAUCUGGGAUGGGCCAGUGGAGAAGAGCAUCCUCCUGAAAGAAGUUAGUGGUUCUGUCUUGCCCAGUGACGUUCACAGCACCUUCAACUUGGUGGUCCUUCAGUUCAACACGGACUUUUUCACCAGUAAACAGGGCUUUGCCAUUCAGUUUUCAGUGUCCACUGCCACUUCCUGCAAUGAUCCUGGGAUCCCACAGAAUGGGAGCCGGAGCGGAGACAGCAAGGAGGCAGGAGACAACAUUAUUUUCCAGUGUGAUCCAGGAUACACCUUGCAGGGUGAUGCCAAGAUCAGCUGUGUGCAGAUCGAGAACAGGUUCUUCUGGCAGCCUGACCCGCCCACUUGCAUAGCACCUUGUGGUGGGAUCCUGGCAGGGCCUUCGGGGGUUAUCUUGUCCCCCAGUUACCCAGAGCCUUACCCUCCAGGAAAAGAGUGUGAUUGGAAGCUGACCGUCUCACCGGAUUAUGUCAUUGCUCUGGUGUUUCACACGUUUAAUUUGGAACCAGGGUAUGAUUUCUUGCACAUCUAUGAUGGGCCCAGCUCACUUAGUCCCCUGAUUGGGAGUUUCUAUGAUACCCAAGUACCAGAAAGGAUUGAGAGCAGCAGCAACAACCUCUUCCUGGCCUUUCGCAGUGAUGCUUCUGUCAGCAAUACAGGAUUUGUAAUCCAUUUCACAGAAAACCCCAGAGAAUCCUGUUUUGAUCCAGGUCUGAUUAAAAAUGGAACUCGAGCUGGAAGUGAGCUGAAACUGGGCUCCACAAUCACAUACUACUGUGACAGUGGUUAUGUGAUUGAAGGAGUGUCCACUGUGACAUGUGUCAUGGAAGGAGAUGGGAAACCUGUGUGGAACAAGCCAAGGCCCAUGUGUACAGUGGUAUUUGGCCAGUUUGCCUUCUUCCAGACAGCUCUCCAUGACAUCAUUGAAGUACAUGAUGGUCCAAACCAACAUUCUCGCCUCCUCAGCUCUCUCUCUGGUUCUCAUACGGGUGAAUCAUUGCCUCUGGCUACCACAAACCAAAUACUGAUCAAAUUCAGUGCUAAAGGGCAGGCCACAGCCAAAGGUUUCCAUUUUGUCUAUCAAGCGGUUCCACGAACCAGUGCCACCCAGUGCAGCUCCGUGCCAGAGCCCCGUUACGGGAGACGGAUUGGCAUUGACUUCUCGGUGGGGGCUGUGGUCCAGUUUGAGUGUAAUGCUGGCUAUGCUCUCAAGGGAUCUCACAGCAUUGAAUGCUUGACAAUGCCUGGAACUCUUGCCCAGUGGAACUCUUCGGUGCCUACUUGUCUUGUGCCUUGUGGUGGAAACUUAACAGAGCGAAAAGGCACCAUUUUGUCCCCUGGAUUCCCUGAGCCCUACUUGAACAGCCUCAACUGUGUGUGGAAAAUAACUGUCCCUGAAGGAGCUGGAAUACAGAUUCAAGUGAUCAGUUUUGUUACAGAACAGAACUGGGAUUCCCUAGAAGUCUUUGAUGGAGGGGACAAUACAGCCACCAUGCUGGGCAGCUUCUCAGGUACCACUGUCCCUGCCUUGCUCAACAGUACCUCUAACCAGCUGUAUUUGCACUUCUACUCUGACAUCAGUGUCUCUGCUGCUGGAUUUCACCUGGAGUACAAAACUGUGGGUCUCUCCAGUUGCCCAGAACCGGCUGUCCCCAGUAAUGGCCUGAAAAUUGGUGAAAGAUAUGUGGUGAAUGAUGUGGUCUCCUUUCAGUGCGAGCCAGGAUAUGCUCUCCAGGGGCACUCUCAUAUUUCCUGCAUGCCAGGAACUGUGCGACGCUGGAACUACCCUCCUCCACUUUGUAUAGCCCAGUGUGGCGGAAUCUUGGAAGAGAUGGAAGGUGUCAUCCUGAGCCCUGGCUUUCCUGGAAACUACCCUAGCAACAGUGAUUGUACCUGGAAGAUAUCCUUUACUGUAGGAUUUGGUGCUCAUCUCCAGUUCUUAAACUUUUCCACUGAACCUAAUCAUGAUUUUGUUGAAAUUCGCAAUGGGCCAUAUGAUACCAGUAAUAUCAUCAGCCGAUUUAGUGGGACCGACCUCCCAGGCUCUCUUCUUUCCACGUCACACGAAACCACCUUAUAUUUCCACAGUGACCACUCACAGAACAAGCCUGGUUUUAAAGUAGAAUAUCAAGCUUAUGAACUCCAGGAGUGCCCAGAUCCUGAGCCCUUUGCCAAUGGCAUAGUAAGAGGAGCAGGUUAUAGUGUGGGGCAAUCCAUCUCUUUUGAGUGCCUCCCUGGCUAUCAGCUGAUUGGACAACCAGUCUUAACCUGUCAACAUGGAACCAAUAGGAACUGGGACCACCCAUUGCCCAGGUGUGAAGUUCCCUGUGGAGGAAACAUGACUGCCCAAAAUGGAACGAUCUACUCCCCCGGAUUUCCCAAGCAGUAUCCCAAUUCCCAGGACUGUACAUGGCUAUUUGUGGUGUCAUCCGGAUAUGGCAUCUACCUCAACUUUACCUUGCUGCAAACAGAGCCGUACAAUGACUUCAUCACUGUCUGGGAUGGUUCUCAAGAGACAGCUCCCCAGUUGGGGGUUUUCACAGGACACUCCGUGAAGAAAGCUAUCCAAAGCUCUUCCAACCAUGCUCUGAUGAAGUUUCAUAGUGAUGCAGCCAAUGGAGGCCUCUUUGCCAUCCACUUCUAUGCCUAUCAACUUUCUAAGUGCCAACCACCAACUAUGGUACCUAAUGCUGAAAUCAUCACUGAGAAUGAAGAUUACAAUAUAGGUGAUAUUAUUAGGUAUCAAUGUCUUCCUGGUUUCACCUUGGUUGGAAAUGAGAUCCUGACAUGCAGGCUUGGUACCCACCUCCAAUUUGAAGGCCCUCCCCCAACUUGUGAAGUUCACUGUCCAAUGAAUGAGGUCCUCCGUGAGUCCACAGGAGUGAUCCUAAGCCCAUCCUUCACAGGCAGCUAUCCUCACUUCCAAACUUGCUCUUGGAUGAUAGCAGUGGAACCCGAGUACAACAUCACUUUCACUGUUGAAUAUUUCUUGAGUGAGAAGAAGUAUGAUGAGUUUGGGAUAUUUGAUGGGCCUUCAGGUCAAAGUUCACUGUUACUGUCUCUAAGUGGAAAUUACUCUGCACCACUGCUGGUGACCACUUCAGGAAACAGAGCCUAUCUCCACUGGUCCUCUGAUCAUGCCUACAGCAGAAAGGGUUUCCGGAUCCGAUAUUCUGCUCCUUAUUGCAGCCUCCCUCCAUCACCUCUCCAUGGCUCCAUCCUCAGCCACUCCGGCCUGCAGCCAGGAAGCACCAUUUGGUUCGGUUGUGACACCGGCUACCGCCUUGUUGGCCACAGCUUUUCAACAUGUUCAAGACACCCCCAGGGUUACCACCACUGGAACAAAGCCAUUCCUCUUUGUCAAGCAAUCUCCUGUGGAGUUCCCAGAGCUCCGAAGAACGGGGUUGUUUUUGGCAGGGAGUACACCAUGGGCAGCAAAGCAGUUUACCAAUGCAAAGAGGGCUUUCAUCUCCAGGCCCAAGAUAACUCCAGCGUGGAGUGCCUGGCUACUGGACAGUGGAGCAAUGGCAAUAAUCCUCUUCCAUGUAUGGCGGUCAGCUGUCCUGACAUCAGCAGCAUUGCUGUGGAACAUGGGAGAUGGAGGCUGAUCCAUGAAACUCAGUACCAGUACAACGCACAACUCAUGUUGAUCUGUGACCCAGGCUACUAUUACAUUGGGUAUCGUGUCAUUGGCUGCCAGGCGAAUGGGAAAUGGAGCAUAGGAGAACCUAUGCCGACCUGUAGAAUCAUCUCCUGUGGAGACUUGCCCGUGCCAUCCAAUGGAAACAGGAUUGGAACCUUAACCUCUUAUGGAGCUACUGCAAUUUUCUCCUGCAAUAGUGGCUACACCUUAGUGGGCUCUCGUGUGCGAGAAUGUAUGGCCAAUGGUCUUUGGAGCGGACUAGAAGUGACAUGCCUGGCGGGUCACUGUGGUGAGCCAGGUUCUAUAGUCAAUGGCCAGAUCAAUGGAGACAACUACAAUUACCGUGGCAGUGUAGUGUACCAGUGCAACCCUGGCUUCCGGCUCAUUGGCAUGUCAGUCCGCAUCUGCCAGCAAGAUCACCACUGGUCUGGGAAGACUCCUGUUUGUGUGCCCAUCACCUGUGGUCACCCAGGCAAUCCAACAAAUGGCCUGACCCAAGGCUCUCAGUUCAAUCUCAAUGAUGUGGCCAAGUUUACAUGCAACAUUGGAUAUCGCCUUGAAGGGACUUCCAAGUCCCAAUGCUUGGCUAAUGGCCAGUGGAAUAAACCCUUACCCAUCUGUCGCAUUGUAAAUUGUACUGAUCCUGGACACCUGGAAAACUGUGUUCGUCAAGUGCAACCAAAUGGGCCUCAUAGAUACAGUUUUGGAACAACCGUCUCUUAUCAAUGCAACCAUGGAUAUUAUUUACUGGGCACCCAUGUGCUCACCUGCCAGGGCGAUGGCAUUUGGGACCGCCCGCUCCCUGUCUGUCAUUUGGUCUCCUGUGGCCAUCCUGGAUCCCCACCUUAUGCCCAGAUCUUGGGUGAUGUCCAUACCGUAGGGGCAGUGGUGCACUACAAAUGCCAAGAAGGCAGAAAUUUGAUUGGUAAUUCCAACCGCACAUGUCAGCUUGAUGGGCGUUGGAGUGGCUCUCUACCUCAUUGCUCAGGAAGCAUCCGGGGACUUUGUGGUGACCCAGGAAUCCCUUCCCACGGUAUCCGGCACGGUGAAAACGAGUUAAGCGUGAACAGCACAGUCUGGUUUAGCUGUGAGCCGGGUUACACUCUCCGGGGCUCACUGCAAAGAAUGUGUCAAGCCAAUGGAUCAUGGAGUGGCACUCAGCCAGAAUGCGAAGUGAUAUCAUGUGGGAACCCUGGUACACCCAGCAAUUCAAGGGUAUUAUUCAAUGACGGCCUGGUGUUCUCCAGCUCCAUCAUAUACAAGUGUCGCGAUGGCUAUUAUUCCACAGGUGUGCUCAGCAGGCAUUGUACAGUCAAUGGAACCUGGACCGGGAGUACCCCAGAAUGCACAGUGAUAAACUGUGGGGACCCUGGAGUACCAGCCAACGGCAUUCGAAUGGGCAAUGACUUCACCUAUAAUAAGACUGUCACAUUUCAGUGCAUGCCAGGUUACAUGAUGGAGUCAGAAAGAGCUUCUACUUUAAUUUGCACUAAGGACCGGACCUGGAAUGGGACAAAACCUGUCUGCAAAGCUAUCAUCUGCAAAUCUCCACAAAUUGUUUCCAAUGGAAGGGUCAUGGGCUCAGAUUUCAGUUGGGGCUCAAGUAUCAGUUAUACCUGUCUGGAAGGCUAUCAGCUCUCCCUAGCUGCUGUUUUGACCUGUGAAGGAAAUGGAUCGUGGAGUGGAGAAAUCCCGCAGUGUUUUCCUGUCUUUUGUGGCGAUCCAGGAAUCCCAGCAGAUGGGCGGCGUGAAGAUCGAGGUUUUACUUACCGCUCCUCUGUCUCAUAUUCCUGUCUGCCCCCAUUAGUGCUGGUGGGAUCAGCUCGGAGGUUCUGCCAGACCGAUGGAUCAUGGAGCGGGACCCAGCCAAGCUGCAUUGAUGCAAGUGUUACAACCUGCAUGGAUCCAGGUGUGCCCCUUUUUGGAAUUCAAAACAAUUCCCAAGGUUAUCAGGUUGGAAGUGUCAUCUUCUUCAAGUGUCAUAAAGGAUAUCUGCUGCAAGGGUCCACCACCAGAACCUGCCUUCCAAAUCUGACGUGGAGUGGAAUUCAACCAAACUGCAUCCCACACAACUGCAAGGAACCAGAUACCCCAGCCCAUGCCAACGUGGGUGCUCUGGAUCUGCCUUCGCUGGGAUACACCUUGAUCUAUUCAUGCCAGAGUGGCUUUUAUCUCACUGGAGGAUCAGAGCAUCGGACUUGUAAGGCUGAUGGCACCUGGACAGGGAAGCCUCCCAUUUGCUUGGCGGAUGUCCGACCCAGUAGGCGACCUGUGGGUGCUGCAAAGGAUCAGCAUCUUCCAAAAGUCUCAGUUCCUGCUGAUGUCUUUGCCAAAAAUUCCUUCUGGAAAGGCUCUUAUGAAUACAUGGGCAAAAAGCAGCCAGCCAUGCUUUCUGUCACCAACUUUGAUCCAGUCACCAGUAAAGUGAAUGCCACCCUGAUAGACCACAGCGGUGUGGAGCUGCAAGUCUCUGGUAUUUACAAAAGAGAAGAUGUCCAUCUUCUCCUCCAGUUACACCAAAUUACAGGGCCACUAGAGAUCUUCAUGAACAAAUUCAAGAAUGAUAAGUGGGCAUUGGAUGGACACGUCAGCCCAGAAGCUUCAAGUGGAACAUUUGUCUACCAAGGGUUUGUCCAUGGCAAAGGUUUUGGACAAUUUGGCCUCCAAAGACUAGAUAGCAGCAGCAUUGAACGGGAUCCUGAAUCAAUAGGACAUCCAUUUGCAUCCAACAGCAGCUCAGUUGCAGCUGCGAUCCUUGUGCCUUUCAUUGCCCUGAUGAUUGCAGGGUUUGUGCUCUAUCUCUACAAGCACAGAAGGAGACCGAAGGUGCCGUUCAAUGGCUACGCCGGCCAUGAAAACACCAAUGUCCGAGGAACAUUUGAAAACCCAAUGUAUGACCGCAAUUUGCAGCCAACAGACAUCAUGGCCAAUGAGGCAGAGUUUACCGUCAGCACUGUGUGCACUGCAGUAUAG